AACAACUUUUUGUCAGAUUCAAGGAAAGUUCCACAAAACAAAACCUGACUGAGCAGAAUCCAUGAAUUUCACUUAACAAAACCCUAGAUCCUCCAUGUAAAUCCAAACCUUCAGAUUCCGUAAUUCAUAUUCGCCACAGCCAUGGCUCAAGGUGAUAAUCCCGAUGUAAAGUUUGCCCUUGAAGAACCGGACUCUCAAAACCUAGAUUCCAUCUCUCAAUGGUGCGCCUCCAUUAACGAUGCUUGCGAAAACCACAAUUGCAACCCCUUCGCCUCAACCUCAUUCGUUUGUUCUCCGGUAACCCUAGUCGAUGCCGUCGGUCCCGGAAGCUGCGACUCCGAUUGGUUCUCCCAUUCCGGCUCUGACUCCGACUCCGACCCCGACAUCAGCUGUUUUGUCACAGAUCUCUUCGAGCGUGGCAGCUCCGAGCAACGUGAUGGUUAUAGUGAUCCAAAUUCAGGUUUGUCUUUGAACGAGUUUGAAAUUGGGGGUUGUUCUGAAGGAGUUGACUUUGAGUUAGGUGAACGUUCAGGUCCACGAGGGGUUGAUUCGAUCGUGGAAGGACUUAGAAUUGUUGAAUUCGAUUCGGAGUCGGAUUCUGAAGAUGGUAGUUUUGGGGUUUUGGGUUUCAAUUCGUUGCACGAUAAUGAAAGCAGGAAUGUUAGUAAUAAUCGAGUCAACAAUUGGGAUAUUCAGAGGCCUUCAAAUGACCCUUGUCUGGAAGACCAAAGGUCUCUCUCUGAGGAUUUUGAUUGGGAAGAAGUGGAGGAAAGGGUCACUGAGAGAGAAAAUCUCAGCAUUGUGAUUGAUGACGAUGUGGAAGAAGAGGUACCAAUAGAGGAAGAUGAAGAGUAUGCAGAACAAGCAGCGAGAAACAUUGAGUGGGAAAUUCUGCUGGCGAUCAAUAAUCUAGCCACGAAUUCGAGUUUAGAACGCAAUGUAGAUUCUGGUACCGAAUCCUAUUUCUCUGUUCAGGAUGACUACAUUUAUGCUGUUGGUGUUGAAUAUGAAACCCUUUUCGAGCAAUUCAUUGAAAGUGAGAGUGCUUUGAAAGGUAGCCCUCCAGCUGCGAAAAGCGUUGUGGAGAAUCUUCCUUUUGUUGAGUUAACAGUGGAGGAGUUGCAGAAAGAUGAUGUUGUUUGUGCUGUUUGCAAAGAUAAGAUUUUGGUGGAGGAGAAGGUGAAGAGGCUACCAUGUUGUCACUACUACCAUGGGGACUGCAUUGUGCCCUGGUUGGGCAUUCGGAACACAUGCCCUGUUUGUAGGUAUGAGUUGCCAACAGAUGAUCCGGAUUAUGAGCGGAGGAAGAGCCAAAGGGCUCACCGUGUCUCGCCAACGGAUUCUCAGGUCACAUUCAAUUUCGAGUUAUUUGCCUGAAUGUUAUCCAUGUGUAUAUAUUCACCCAAUGUACAUAGUUUCCGUAGAUGAGAACUGUGUACGAACCGUGUCAGAGUUUUUUGGAUUGUUGUAAUAGUGUAUAGUUUUUAUAUAUUGGCUGCUACACUCCUUGCAAUUUCACUUGAAUAAUUUGCUUUUGAUGUCAAAACUGAGUUAUUGUUCUGAUACCAAUGAUCCUUGGUUUGAAUCAAGAGCAAUGGUUUGUCAUUCAAUACUGCUUAGUAAAUUUUCUUCUAGUUCUUAUACUAAUCUUAUGAUUGAUUUGAUA